AGCGUGCUCGGAUCUGCUCGGUAAAGCUGCUGUUUGCUGUUCAAAUAAGUCGGUUUUUUUUAAAAGUCACAGUUUGUCCUUAACAUGUCUUCUGUUGAAGCUCGUGCUGUGCGGCUCCCAGUCGGAAACAACCCGGCUAAGAUGGGUAAAACCACGGCUGCAGGUCCGAGGAGAGCUGCUCUUGGAGAGAUUACCAACUUUCCUGGAGCAGCAGUCAACAUUACAAAGAGGAAAGGACCAACCAAAGAAUCAGCCAAACCAUCUGCCGGCCUCAAAGUGAAGCCGACCCAGCCGCUGCCUCCCGCGGCUCGGGUCGAAGCCCCCGCAGACCCCGUCCCUGCGGUUCCAGAGGAGCCGGCCGACGUGUCGAUGCAGCAGGACGAACUGUGCCAGGCGUUCUCCGAGGCGCUGCUCACCGUGGAGGACGUGGACGAGGACGACGGAGACAUGCCGCAGCUCUGCUCGCAAUACGUCAAAGACAUCUACAAAUAUCUCCACCAGCUGGAGGUGGAGCAGGCCAUACGAGCCAACUACAUGCAGGGCUAUGAGAUCAACGGGCGCAUGCGGGCUCUCCUGAUCGACUGGAUGGUCCAGGUUCACUCCAGGUUCCAGCUGCUGCAGGAGACUCUGUACCUCACUGUUGCCAUCCUGGAUCGUUUCCUCCAGGUCCAGCCGGUCUCUCGCAGGAAGCUGCAGCUCGUGGGCGUGACCUCCAUGCUGGUGGCCUGCAAGUACGAGGAGAUGUACGCGCCGGAGGUGGGAGACUUCGCCUACAUCACCGACAACGCCUUCACCAAGCCUCAGAUCCUGGAGAUGGAGCAGCUGAUCCUGAGGAGCCUCAAGUUCGAGCUGGGGCGCCCCCUGCCGCUGCACUUCCUCAGGAGGGCCUCCAAGGUUGCCACGUCCGACGUAGAGAGACACACGCUGGCCAAGUACCUGAUGGAGUUGACGCUCAUCGACUACGACAUGGUUCACUACCGUCCCUCGGAGGUCGCCGCCGCUUCCUUCUGCCUCUCUCAGCUCCUGCUGGAAGGGCUGCCGUGGUCUCCUACCCAGCAGCACUACUCGACCUACGACGAGGCUCACCUGAAGCCCAUCAUGCAGCACAUCGCCAAAAACGUCGUGACGGUGAACGACGGGAAGACGAAGUUCCAGGCCAUCAAGAACAAAUACUCGAGCAGCAAGUUGUUGAAGAUCAGUCUGGUCCCUCAGCUGAAGUCUGAGCUCAUCCAGAAGCUGGCGGCUCCGCUACUCAACAAUCACUGAGAGACCUGAACAUCUCAUUAUUCUUCUCUUUCCAUCAGUGGACAUUUUUCA